GUGCAUUUGUGUCAUUACCCAAAGCAUUUUAAUGAAUAAGUAAGUGUAAAUCAUUUACCCUCCAAAUUUAAUAACUUCCGCUAACAGUUGCGCUUAAAUAAAGAAAAAAAAAAAAAAAGACUUUGAGGAAGUAUAAUUUUGUGAGGACCCCGUUGCAAGUUGUAGGUGCCUCUCAUACUGGCAUCGCAAUCGCAAUAAAUAAAUAAAUUAGAAGUCGAAUUGGAAUCAUCGUCACUCCAAACUUUGAUUUCAUUUUCCUCACUUUCUUUCGUUAUUCUCGAUCGAAAAGCUUUCUCAGCCAACGGAGAGAAUGAUGAGGCCGUCGAUGCUCAGAUCCGUCCAAUCAGCCGUGUCCCGCACCUCCUCUCACCUAACCCGCCGUGGCUAUGCUACCGAACCAGUUCCAGAACGCAAGGUGGCCAUUCUCGGCGCUGCCGGCGGGAUCGGUCAGCCUCUCUCUCUUCUGAUGAAGCUCAACCCUCUCGUUUCAACCCUAUCUCUUUAUGAUAUUGCUGGAACCCCUGGUGUCGCCGCCGAUGUCAGCCACAUCAACUCCAGAUCUGAGGUAACUGGGUAUGCAGGUGAAGAAGAGCUUGGAAAAGCUUUGGAGGGUGCUGAUGUUGUUAUAAUUCCUGCCGGUGUGCCCAGAAAGCCUGGAAUGACUCGUGAUGAUCUUUUCAAUAUUAAUGCCGGCAUUGUCAAGUCACUUGCCACUGCUAUUUCUAAGUACUGCCCCCAUGCCCUUGUUAACAUGAUAAGCAACCCUGUGAACUCCACCGUUCCCAUUGCUGCAGAGGUUUUCAAGAAGGCAGGGACAUAUGACGAGAAGAGAUUGUUUGGGGUUACAACCCUUGAUGUAGUUAGGGCAAAAACUUUCUAUGCUGGGAAAGCUAAAGUUCCAGUUGCUGAGGUCAAUGUACCUGUUGUAGGAGGCCAUGCAGGAGUUACUAUUCUCCCACUAUUUUCUCAGGCAACACCUCAAGCCAAUCUGGAUGAUGAUGUCAUUAAGGCUCUAACGACAAGAACACAAGAUGGAGGAACGGAAGUUGUGACUGCCAAGGCUGGAAAGGGUUCUGCAACUUUGUCAAUGGCUUAUGCUGGAGCCAUAUUUGCUGAUGCUUGCCUCAAAGGUCUGAAUGGAGUUCCAGAUGUUAUUGAGUGCUCAUAUGUGCAAUCCAAUCUCAUCUCUGAACUUCCUUUCUUUGCUUCCAAGGUGAGGAUUGGGAAGAAUGGUGUGGAAGAAAUUCUGGGCCUAGGUUCUCUCUCAGAUUUCGAGCAACAAGGCCUUGAAAACCUCAAGGCUGAGCUCAAAUCAUCUAUUGAAAAGGGAAUCAAAUUUGCCUCCCAAUAAUCGAACAUGUCAUACAUUUCUGGCAGGUUACUGGAUUUUUCCAUUUAGAACCAGAUUAAAUUUUGCAAAUUCAGGACAAAUGUUUGUAAUGUGGCCGGCAGAGGUGUGGUGGCUUUGUUGUUUUAUUUAGAGCAGGUAUACCCCCUAGAGUUAAUAAGUAAAUCUGCGAGAGCAGUUUAUUGCUGCAGGGACUGAAAUUAAAACCAGUUUUAGGUUGGCCUUUCCAUUCAUAAUGGCCCUUCACUGUUGUAUGGUUUCAUAUAAUGCAAUUGAAGGGUGGUACACUUUUUUUUCCCCCUCAUUUAUAUA